CGUGCCCGCCCCUUCAACCGUCCGCCCGCCCUCCCGUCGUCGCGUUUGCCCGGUGCCGCCGCUGUACUCUCUGCCGCCUCUCUGGGCUCCGAGCGCUGCGAGGUGAGCCUGGGCCAGGCAUGGGCCUGAUCUUCGCCAAGCUGUGGAGUCUCUUUGGGAACCAAGAGCAUAAAGUAAUCAUAGUGGGGCUUGAUAAUGCUGGAAAGACGACCAUUCUUUACCAGUUCUUAAUGAACGAAGUGGUUCAUACUUCUCCAACCAUAGGAAGCAAUGUAGAAGAAAUAGUGGUGAAAAAUACCCAUUUCUUAAUGUGGGAUAUUGGAGGACAAGAAUCCUUAAGGUCAUCAUGGAAUACCUACUAUUCAAACACGGAGUUCAUCAUUCUCGUUGUUGACAGCAUUGACAGAGAGCGACUUUCUAUUACAAAAGAAGAACUUUAUAGAAUGCUGGCUCAUGAGGAUUUACGGAAGGCUGCAGUUCUCAUCUUUGCAAACAAGCAGGACAUGAAGGGUUGCAUGACAGCUGCUGAGAUAUCUACAUACCUCACCCUUAGCUCCAUAAAGGAUCACCCAUGGCACAUUCAGUCUUGUUGUGCUUUGACAGGAGAAGGGUUAUGCCAAGGCUUGGAGUGGAUGACCUCCCGCAUUGGAGUGAGAUAGCUGUUUGUUUUUUUUAUUCAAAGGAAGAGACUUCUGUUUAUCCUGUGAACAUGUACAUUUUUCAGUACUUCUGGCUGCUGAGCCAGUGACCAUGUUUAAUUUAUAUCAGCCAAUCUCCAAACUGUACUUGAAUCAAGUGCAGUUGAACUGAAACAAAGUAUUUUCUUAACAUUUUUUAAUACACUAAUCUUCAACUGGAUGGACAUAUGUGAAUCUGUUUUUAAACAUUUAAAUUUCUCUGACUAUGUAUUCUAACUUUUUCAGUGAUAGCUUUUUAAAAUCUGUUUUUUCAUUGCCAAUAUUUCAUAUUACUACUUUCUAAAAAGUUUCUAUAACUUACUAACAUAAAACUAGAUAUUUUGUUUAAUAAUGGCAGAAGUAGUUAGUAGGUUGACUUUACUCUGGUAUUGUUUUCAGUUUCUAAAGUUGGGCUUCUUGGAAUAUCAGUGGAGUUCUACCCAACACAAUGGUUAAUAGAUAUUAAUGCCAAAUUUUAAAUGCUGAAGGAGUUAGUUGUAGUUAAUAUUAAGGCAGCUUUUAACCUGGUAUAUAAUUUAAUUUCUGCCUUAAAAGAAAUCUAUUAUUCUCAUUUUGUUUGAUGAGUAGUUGUAGCUUAUGAUUCCUUUUUGUUUACCUGAAAAUAGAUCUUUGCACAGUGAAUAAGUUUUCUUAUUUAGUGUUGGUUUAUUCAUUUAGACCUUGAAAACAUUUUCUUUUUUUUUUUUUUUUUUUUUUUUUUUUUUUUUUUUUUUUAAAUAAACCUCUUGAUAAUUAUAUUUGGAACCAUGGCAGUCAGUUUUAUGUGUAGACUUGUUGUAAUCUGUUAACAUUUUGAAUACUGUAUAUACAUGAGCCUUACCUUUUUGGUAAGAAUGAUGUUUUCCAAAUGAAUGUAUACUCAAAAGGGAAGCCAAACACAAACAGAACAAAAUCAUGGUGCUACAUCUAUGGACUUCACAAUGAAGCUUAUCUUGACAUUUAUGUGAAUGUUUUCAGUUUUCAUUGCAGAGAAAAUAUAUUGCCUUGGUUGUUUUUUUUUUAAUCUUAUUUGUGGGAGUGGAAAACUAAUUCUAUACUUUGUAAAACUUAGGAACUGGAAGUUUAAAAGUAGAGAGCUUCCAAUUAAAAAACAGGUGGCGAAAGGUUGGGCUUAAUAACUCUUAAUUCAACUUGAAGGUGAUAGAAUUAGAUCUGUAAAGAGAAUCUGAAACAACAGGGUUAAUUAAUUGAGCACAUUAGGUACAAACAAAGCCCAAACCCAGAGGGAAGAAAAAGAAAAGAACAAAACUAGGCUCUCAAUUACUAGUGCAAUCCCACCAGCAAUGAGAUACAUAAUCUACAUAAAUGCUUGGCAGGCUUCCAAAGGAGAUGUUCUGUACUUAUGCAUGCCUGAACACUGCUUGGAGCCUGGCCAUUAGAAGCAUUUCACUAAUUGGCUGGAGUUCUUUAAUGAUAAAAUGGUUUUGAUAAUUUCAAGAACAGUUUAAAAAGAGUUUUUUAAAAAAAAAAAAAGUUUUAACUUUUGUAAAUUUUCAAUUUAGUUCCAUUUAUAUUUGAACAAAGCCUUAACAAACUUUAAAAAUACCAUCAAAUGCAUUGUGCUAAAAGGAGGCUCAGAAUACAUCUGGAAUUGGUGAUUGGUUGAACAAAGUUAUGUAUUAGUGCUGGCUAGCAAAAGUCACAUUCAAGAGAAAGACUGUGUUGACUGUCAAGUCAAAAUGUGCAGAAAACAAUGUAGACCAAAACUGUACUUCAGAAAAAAAAAUGGAAGACAAGUUAAAGAUCUGAUGCUAAAGCUUCUUGCUGUGAAGUUCAUGCUAACUGUUCAAAUUCAUGAAAGUAAGUUUUGUUCUUAAAUUAUAAAUGAAAAAAUAAACAAUACUGUGAAUGGG